AUGGACGUAUUGGAGACAGUCCAACAAAGGGCCACAAAGAUGAUUAAGGGACCGGAAUGUCUCAUGUAUGAGAUAAAGCGGGUGGGUGUCGGUCCCCUCCCCGGGCACCGGAGCGACCCCGAGCACCGGGACCCCCGGCGGGGGGUGGGUCUGUCCCCCCUCCCCUCAAGCCCGGGGAACGGCGGCCUGCGAUGGGUCCAGUUCCCCGGGACACCGGGACCUUUGCGGGAGGCAGGUCGCCAUCAGCCCCCCGCCCCGCAAGCGCCGUUGACUCCCGGGUACCGGGACCUGUGUCGGGUCCCCGUCUCCCACCCCGGAGCUCUCCCUGGAUCAGUGGCUUUCAUCCUGUGGUCUGUUAACCCCUGGGACCUGUGGGCUGCUUUGAGGAGGCCUAGGAAAGGGAUCUUGUGCCUCUGCCUUGCCUCCUCUGAAGAGCCAACCGCCGAUGGCCUCACAUCAACUUCCCUGCUGGAGUUUGCCAUGAUGUCCCACCUGGAGGCCAUGAAUUCCCACGAACAAACCAGCCCAGAGGCUACGGAGCCUGAUCUUGCCCCUGGCUCUCUGCAUGCUGCCCCGGGAUCGGGCUUUGCCAGUGAGGAGAAUGAGGAGUCCAAGAUCUUACAGCCUCCGCAGUACUUCUGGGAAGAUGGGGGAGAGCUCAAUGAGUCCAGCCUGGACUUGGGACCAGCAACAGAUUACAGCUUUCCUGCUGCAUCUCAGAAGGCUCUGCUGAAAGGGAAUGGGACACAGGUGAAAGACAACUGGGAAACAGCUACUGUCCAGCCGCCGGCAGAAUUUGUUGAGCCUGACUUGCACACGCCUUUCUCCAGCACGCUGGAGGAAGAGGAGGGGCUGCUCCCUAUAGACCACUCAAGAGGAGGAGUGGAGAGCCUCCAGACCUCCAGGCCAGAGGUUACAUCUUCUGAACCAGUGGGCCAAGAGGACUCCUUCACCCUUCUGUUUUCCACAGUCUCUGCCAGGCCUGGUAUCGUGACCAAGGCAGCCAUAGGAGGGCAAGAAGAGGAUUCUGUUCCUCCAGGCUUAGACCUUGGGAGCAGCAUGGGACCAGGUCUUCUGCCUGUGUCCUCUAUUUUUUCUACUACUGUUGCUGCAAGGUCUCCCAGUGUUUCAGAAGAGCCCUUUGAGGUGACAGCCGGGGACACAUGGGCUGUUGGGGGAGCAGAUUCAGAGCUGACUGUGACUACCACAAGAGCAGAACUUGCAGAGACCACAGUGGAGGCUGGUGGGGAAGAGCAUUCAUCCAGAGAGGAGGUCUCAGAGACCACGGUGGGUUGGGAGAUGCUGGAGCCCACGGUGCUAACUGAAAUGGAGCAGACAGUGGAAACGCCUGUGGGAACACCCUCUCCUGGAGGCAGCUCCCCAGGCACCCAGACUCUUGCUGGGAGCAAGCAGCACUCCACUUCUUCUGCAUCUCCGUGGGACAGGGCUGAUGAGCCUGCGCUGGAUCCCAUUUGGAAUGACACCAAGUCAGCCACUGAGACUGUGGCAGCAGAGAGGAGCUUGUCACCACAGGCUGGGGAUGCCCACAUGGCCAUGCUGCCAACAGAGCUGCCCUGGGACUCAGCACAGGUGAUCUGCAAAGACUGGAGCAACCUUGCGGGGAAAAACUACAUCAUCCUGAAUAUGUCGGAUAACAUUGACUGUGAGGAGUUUCGGCUGGAGCGGGGUCCUCAGCUGUUGGCACUGGUAGAGGAUGCCUUCUCCAGACAGGCGGAUGGGCUGCAGGACCGCUGGCUGAUAUCUCUGAGUAAACCCAAUGAGAACGACAAGCACUUGCUAAUGACACUGGCAGGGGAACAGGGUGUCAUCCCUACAAAAGAUGUUCUCAUGGCACUGGGGGAUGUUAAGAGGAGCUUAGCCGAGAUUGGCAUCCAGAAUUAUUCAACCACGACAAGCUGCCAGUCGCACCCCAACCAGACACGCAGCGAUUAUGGGAAACUCUUUGUGGUACUGGUGAUCAUCGGCUCCAUCUGUGCCAUCAUCAUUGUAUUGGGGCUCAUAUACAACUGCUGGCAGAGACGCCUGCCCAAGAUGAAGAACAUGUCGCAUGGUGAGGAGCUGCGCUUUGUUGAGAAUGGCUGCCAUGACAACCCCACCUUGGAUGUGGCCAGUGACAGCCAGUCGGAAAUGCAGGAGAAGAAGCCAAGCGUGAAUGGUGGAAACACCAUCAAUGGCCCCGACAGCUGGGAUGUCCUGAUCAAUAAGCAGGCGAGCGAGGAUGUGGAUGUGUUUGAGGAAGACACGCAUCUUUAG